AAGCCUCUCUCAUCUUCUCUCCUAAUUGUCUCUCUCUGCUUCCUUGUUUCCACACAACAACAAAAUCUCUUACAAGAAAUUUUCAUCUUAAUUUAAACCACAUGGCAACUGUUGUAUAUCAAUCAUACUUUGAGUCUCAUCAGCACUUUGAGCCGAGGUCUCUAAGACUCAGACUCUCUUCUCCUAAUAAUCUUCACUUAUCCACACCUCUCAAAUCCCAUUUUCAAGAUUCUUCCGUUACUCCACAAGAAAACACUGCUACCACUAAUGCAGCCUCCUUGUCCUCAUCAAGUCCCAAACCGGACUCUAACUCGGCAAGUUGGAGCUUCCUCGAGUCCCUUUCAAACUCGAGCUCUGAUGAUGAAGAGAAGAAGACAUUAUCAGUAUUUCAAUCUCCAUCUUCGCGUAGAACUCUCAGCGAUGAGAGCUUAGCGUUGUGCACCGAGAGCCUAGGGAGCGAGACGGGCUCCGAUAUCAUUCAUGAGGACGAAUUUUUGUUCUCGGUUUCAUCCGAAUUACAAACAAUGGAAACUAAAACUACUUCGGCGACAUCAAGAUCAUCACAACAAGAUAAGAAGAGAAGUAUGAUGGCUUCACUUCCACCUCCUUUGACAAGUAUGAGCGGUUUUGAUUGCAUUGAAGUCAAGUCCCACCGUGAAAAUGGAAGAUUGGUAAUGACGGCCGCGAAACCUCUUCCGCGUAAUAGGUGCAUUCAGGACCGAAGCAAUGGCUGUGUAAGACUUGCAAUAUUGAUUGAUUCUGAUGACCAAAUAGAGACAGAGACCAGAGAAGAAGAAGAAGAAGAAGAAGAAGAAGAAGAAGAAACAACCGAGACCAUGAGGGAUAAUGAAGAAGAGAUUCCAGAAUACGUUGAAGAAGAAGAAGAAGACGAAGUUGAAGAAGAAGAAGAGGAAAUUGAAGUAAAGUGUGUUGAGAAAGUUCAAAGAUCAAGAAGAUGUAUUGAAGGAGAUCGAGAAAACAGAGGAUUUCUAAAUUGGGAAUCUUUCUGUGUUGCCACUUCCUAAAAAAAGAAUCUUUCCUUUUUUUUUUUUCUGGUUUCUUCUGG